UACAGAUCCACACCUAGGUAGAUCUCCAGGUUGUCCUGGUGAGGUCCUACACUGACACAUAUGCCAUGCAUGUCUGACAGAAUGACACUUCACCACCUAGUCAAGUAGUGAGUGAUGAACAAUCUCUCAGUCGGUGGUUAAUGGAAGUAUUCUAAUUUUUUAAACAUUUCUUUCUCUCUCUUACCCACUUGGCCUCACCAUUAAUCCCCCCUGGUCUAUAAAGCUGCUUAUCUUGCUCCACUGCCUCACCCUCUCCUUCUCCUUAACCUUCAGCCUUGAAGAUUGAAAAGAUUUCUGAAAAGAAAUAUUAAACUAAGAGAGGUUCUUUUUGCUCUUAGUGGCACUGCAUGUGACCAUAAGGAAUCAUUCAGUUUAACUUUAUAAGCUAAUUAAUCAACCACCCUCCUUCCUUAUAAUAUCAAACUCACUUCUCUUCACUUCUUGUGUUUUCCAAAAAUCAGAAUUGUAAUUUGAUAUAUUCAGUCCACAUUCUUAGAGCAAAUGGGUGAGGAAGCAAAACAGGAACAACCUCAGGCUGAAGCCAAGCCAGAGGAAAAGACAGAGGAAAAAGCAGAGGAAAAAGCAGAGGAAAAGCCUGCAGCUGAGGAAAAGAAGGAGGAGGAAAAGCCAGAAGAGGAGAAGAAGGAAGAAGAGCCUAAACCACCAGCUCCAUGUGUUCUUUAUGUGGACUUGCAUUGUGUGGGAUGUGCAAAGAAAAUUGAGAGAUAUAUGAUGAAAAUGAGAGGAGUUGAGGGACUGGUAAUUGACAUGGCUAAGAAUGAAGUGACCAUAAAGGGUAUAGUGGAGCCUCAAGCAAUCUGUGACAUGAUUACUAAGAAAACAAAGAGAAGAGCAAAAGUUAUAUCUCCAUUGCCUGCAGCAGAAGGAGAACCUAUACCAGAAGUUGUCAAUUCUCAGGUUAGUGGACCAGUUACAGUGGAACUUAAUGUGAACAUGCACUGUGAGGCCUGUGCUGAGCAACUCAAGAGAAAGAUACUCCAAAUGAGAGGAGUUCAAACAGCAGUGACAGAGUUCACCACAGGCAAGGUUUUGGUGACAGGGACCAUGGAUGCAAACAAGCUAGUGGAAUAUGUCUACAGACGAACCAAGAAGCAAGCCAAGAUAGUUCCCCAACCAGAACCUGAACCAGAGAAGAAAGAAGAAGGUAAAGAAGAAGAGAAACCUGCAGCAGAGGAGGGUAAACCUGAAGAGAAGAAAGAAGAGGAGAAAGCAGCAGAGGAAGCCAAGAAAGAAGAGGGUGGUGAAGAAAAGAAUGAUAACAAAGAAGAAAAGGGUGGUGAAGAAGGGAAAGAAGAAGGAAAGAAAGAAGAGAACAAUAACGGGGCAGUGGUUAACAUGGAAGAGGAAUUAAGCAUGAAGAGGAUGAUGUACUAUUACCAGUACCCUCCACUCUAUGUGAUUGAACGCAUGCCUCCACCUCAGCUUUUCAGUGAUGAAAAUCCAAAUGCAUGCUGCAUUUCAUGAAAUUCAUCAUCAUUGCAAUGAGAAAAAAAGGCUUCAGAGUUCAAACUUCAAAGUAUAGUUCUGUAAGUACUGUACCACCAGUAUGGGAAUUUUUUGGAGUUGGGUUGGUGGAAUUGAAGGAUAUUUUAAAGUGGAAUCAUCACAUGAUAAUAAUAAGUUGAUUUGAUAAUAUAUCGUUCUGUCUUUUUUAUUGUAUGUACGAUAUAUUAUUAUUAUACUAGUUACAGAUCAAUGUUGUACAAAUGCUAAUGAAAUAUGAGUAUCUUCCUCAAGUUCUCUAGUA